UGAGAGCGUCUCAGGGUAAUGGCUUUAGAAUCGGCGACCUCUAACGGCACAACUGAUGAAAACCAUCCAAAAGAAAGCGACGAGCGGAAAAAAGGAUGGUUAUUUAAGAAAACGCACUACACCAAGCGCUGGAAAAUGAUGUGGUUUCAUAUCAGAGAUGGACAGCUUUUCUAUGGGUUUAAUGAAAAGUCAGCAGAAAAGGCCAUUAAUCUGGUUGGAGCAAAGGUGGAGCUGCUGGAGGGUGAUGGGACACUUGGCUGGACCGUCACACCGAAGCACAGUAAGCGCAGCUUCAUCCUGCAGGCCAGCAGCGCAGAGGAGCAGCAGGCCUGGAUGACCGCCAUAUGUGAGGCUCAGCUGAGCUCCGAACAGCACAGCUCCAAUGCAUGUGUUGUGCAAUAACUAGACCAGUUUUUCCACCACAGAGAAUUUAUAGUUUUCUACACCAUGUUGUCUUACUUCCUUCUUGAAAUGACCAAGAAAGAUCCUCUACUGAUGUAGUCCACCUCCCGUGAAGGACACACACUCCUACAAUUAUUUUAUGACAUUAUUUUAAAACAUGUUUUAUGUAAGACAUUUUUGAGAACAUUGUUUUCCUACAUAGUUCUACUUCUUAAAUAAAAAAAAAAAA